AUGUACGGAUGUAAUUUUUAUAAUUUAGACAAUGUAUUUAAACAGUUUAAAGUAGUAGAAUUUCCAAUAUCAUUUGUUGGACUAUCCACGUCACAAGUACUUGAUGUUGAAAAUGAUUUGAACACUUGUACUUAUUUAAAAACCAUAUAUGAUGGAAAUCUCAUUAAAUUUGAUGAAGCUCGUGAAAUAUCAGCUUCGCAUAGAGCUUUUACUGUCGUUCAAAAAGAUGAACAUUUAAUAGAAAUUACAUUUACACCAACAACUGAAUGUAUAUCGAAAGCCAAAAGAAGCAAACAAUUCGAUAACCGUUUUGUGUUUGAUUUACGUUUAAUAAGAGUAGAUGGAAGCCGUUGUUGCUAUAAUGAACUACAUUCAGAAAUAGGAAGGUACUAUAUUAGUGGUCAAUUCGAAUAUUCAAAAAUAAGUCAUACUCCAGAAGUUGUCGACUUUGGUGAUACCAUAAUUAAUAUUCGAACGACUAAAAAAAUAAGAAUCUGGAAUGAAUCUAAUCUAAUGACUUCUAACAUGAGGUAUGUUAGAGUAACUGGGUUUGAAGUAACUCCAUAUAAAUUCAGCGUGCCGCCCAAUUCUUCAAAAAAAGUGACUAUUUCAAUAAAACCUACGUGCUUGAAAUUAGGAAAUAAAAUUACAUUUGAAAUAAGAAAUCCACACGAUAGUUGUUCUGACAAAGCUGAAGAAUAUGAUGACCUCGAUACAAAUUUCUUGACGUAUACAAUAAAAUUUAAUAUGAUUGUUAGGUACCAAAAAAAGAGAACAAAUAACACAAAAAUUGAAUCGAUGCACAAGUUAAAUUGUCUAAAUCCACAGUAUACAUAUGUAGGCAAUGAAUUAAAAACUCACAUGGCUCGGAAAGAAGUGGCCUUUAAAUUUUUAGAAGUCUCCAAAUCUUCCUACGCUAAGAAACCAGUAUUUGAAAAAUAUUGUUCGGGUAAUGAACAAUGUUAUUCAGUAACAGAAGUACGACCAGUUGAUAGAGGUGCAAACUUCUGUAAAAAGAUUCCGGAGAAGAUAUCAACGUAUGACUUAUUUAAUAUAAUUUUCACCCCAUACUGCUUAAACUUUGGGCGAGUUGGUUUAUUGACAUAUGGAGAACACGAACUUGUUUUACAAAAUAAUACUAAACAUGAAUUCAUCAUAGAAUUCCUAAAAGAUAAAUGUGUACUAUAUGAAGAAGAUAACAAGAAAACCCUAAAAAUGAAAAUGCGACCUUAUGAUGAAAAAAAGAUUACUAUAUUUUGUUUGGGCUCGAUAGAAGGCAUUUCAUCAGGCACGUUUGAGUACAUAAUUGAUAAAAAAUAUUAUAGAAAACAUCCUUACAGUCUUGAAGUCGGAAAUCCAGCCCUAAUGUUGUAUGAUAAAUCUCUUAAAUUUGGCAUGGUUAGUGCUGAAAGUUUUAUUACGUCUGUACCAAUAAAAAUAUUCAACCAUUAUAAUUUACCAGUUAAUUUUAAAUGGGAUGAACUACAUUCAGAUAUUCCUUUUGAAAUAAAACCUACCACAGGUACAAUACCGAAACAUUCUUGUAAGAUUUGCGAUGUGACUUACGUAUGCAAAGCUACAAAAACAAAAACACACGAAGUUGAGCUUAUAUCAGAGGGAAGAGUUCCAAAAAAUAUUCCUAUAGAGUUAAGCGUAAUAACUCGAAAACUGACUAUAAAAUUUUUACAGCUAGCUAUUGUCUUUAAAGAUAUUUCAUUAAACUUAGAAACCACAGAAAAAGUAAAAUUAGAAAAUUCUUCGAGAGAAAUAGCUUUAUUUCAUGUCGUUGAACCCUUAAUUCCAGGUUUUAAAAUAGAACCUAUGUGUGGAAUUAUUCGACCAAAAAUGAUUAUUACUUUCGAAAUAAGCGUUAAAAUUCCAUGCAUUUUGGAAUUCGCAUUUGAUAUCCUUUUAAAAAUUAAUAAUAAAGAAAAUGUUAUUCUUCCUGUAAGUGGAAAUGUCAUGGAACCAAAAAUUUUAAUUCAUCCGAAAAAUAUUAUCAUGUCGAGAGUUCCGUGUAAUAUGAUCACGUAUGUUCCUAUAACAUUUCAAAACUUAAGCAGUUUAAAAACUGUGGUUUCAAUACUGGACACGGGAGAUGAGAAUAUAUUCAAUGUGUAUCAGGCCGUAGGAAAUGAGAGGCAGCAGAUAUUUGAGUUUACUAUAGAAGGUGGACAGUCAAAAACAGUAUUUAUUAAAGUUUUUGAUAUAUUCAGAAGAGAAUAUGAAAUGUUUAUACCUUUCAAAGUAAAUGGACUAUUAGGGCCUCCUUGUGAAGACGAAUCAUCGACUGAACUACAAUAUUACAUUGGUGAAUAUGAGAAGUUUUACGAAAAUAAUUCUAAAGUGAAACUGAAGCCUAUGAAUAAAGAUAUUGCCUACUGUCGCUUAACAGGAGUUAUCACAGUUCCAUGGAUAGAUUUCUCAGUUGAUAAGUUUGAACUAAGUUGCGGUGUAAAUAAAAUCGACAGCUUACAGUUUACAAUGACAAACGUAUCGAAGUACAACUUAUACAUUACUAUAUUAACAUCUAAAUUGGCUCCGAUGUUUACUCUGGAUUUAAUUACUGAAGAAAGUCAAUCUAUAAUUAACGAAACACAUAUAAAAUUUGAACUUGAUCGAGGAAUGAUUGCGAAAUUUACUGUAGUGUUUCAACCAAAAAGCCAUGGUCGAUUCGUGUCUACAGCGUUACUAUAUUUAGACAAGCAAAUGACUAUACCCUACUAUAAUUUGACAUUCAUUGGGAAAAAACAAAAUCCUGCUAUGAUUCCAAGUAGCCCUCGACUUAUUUUUCCACCAUGUUAUCCAGGCCAAGAAAUCACACAAACAAUAACACUUCGAAUAGAAACAAAAUCUAGCUUAGAGGAUUUUACUUGUAGCUCAAAGGAAGAAUCUCAUUUAACCGUGUCGCUUUUGGAAUCAGAAGUAAUUUUAGAAGACGAUUUAGUUUUUACCACAGUAAGAGUCAAUUUGUCAGUAUCUUGCAAAAUAUCUUAUGCUCGAAACAUGACAAUACAUUUUAAUCAUGUAACUGGUUCUUGUUGUGAUAUAGAAGUAAACUUUUGCUUCACGUACUGCCCGCUUACCUUGCAUACAAACUGGCUGGUAACACCAAGUGAAAAUCCAUAUCCACUAUAUCCCGAGAAAAAUCAACAUGAACUGUAUGAAUACAUGGAGUCGUGUACAAUUUUUCUUGAAAAAUGGAUGUUUCAGCAAGGUUUCAGACGAGAUCUUUAUCCUAUUAUUCCUGAUACAUUCCAUGCUAUCUCCACAGCCCUAUCAUCUCAGGGUGGAGGUACAAAAAGUAAAGGAAUCAAUGUAUCAUAUUUAAACUUUGUAAAGAGAAUUGCAGGACCGUUGAUGAAACAUGUUCGAAAAGUAACAAUAACGGGUGUAGAUGAAACAUACAAAAAUGUAAAAGAAAUUCAUGAUACAUAUAAAGAAGUGAUAGGAUUACUGAGAUCCCGUGGUGCUAAUCUAUGGGGUUUGCAAGCCAAAUUUCUUUUAAGUCACGAGCAGUUUUUAAUUUAUUCUGAUAAUGUUACACCAAAAGGCAAUGCAGACAUUAUUCUGAAUGAGGAGUUGAAAUCAGAUAUAAAUCUUUUUAACCGGAUAAAUAAACAAAGUUGGAUUGAUUUUAUUUUACAAAGUUAUAAGGUGUUCGUUAUGGAUAGUUGCUUUUUCGAUUGCGUCUGCGUUAGUGGGCAACCUAGAGAUGUAGUUAAAGUUCUGAUUGACUGGUAUAAUGAAAAUAUCUUAUAUCAGCAUGGGAUCCUUCGAGGCAAACAAAAACCUGUAAAAACCAUUACAAAUAUAACGACUGAUUUAUCUGAUGGUAUCGCCAUAAUAUCAUCAAUUUUGACAUUUUGCCCUUUUACGGCUAAUCAUUUUUCAUUUUAUUGUGAGAUAAAUAAUAAUGAAACAGAAGGCUGUAUAACAAACAAUGCUUGCCUAAUUAUCGAGGCUCUAAAUUUGUUGCGGUUAUAUUUUCCAUUAUGUAGUAAGGAUUUCUUGGAACCAAAUUUUCUCCUCAUGCUUUUUUUAUCAAUUCAUUUAUAUGUCACUCUACCGAUGUUUAAGCCAAAAAAUACAGUCCAUUUUUACCCACCACUAUUAAGAAGUUCUACACGACAAUUGGCCAUAAGUCCUACUAGCCAAGAAUCCCUGAUUUUUAACCACAUCAUUCUCCAAAACACCAAAAAUAAUUUUAUGGUAGAAAAAAUAACAUCACCUGACAAUGGAAAGAAGAUGUUUUUAAGCGUCAAAUAUAACGCAAACUUCGUAGAAAAAGAAACAGCAAUCCUGCUUGUACAUGGUUAUAAUAAAACGAGAAUCUUUGAUACGUACUUAGUAUUUGUACUUCAUGGUUACAUUGGUUCACUGAAUCCUGUAAGAAAGUGUAAAGUAACGGGACCAUUAUAUCGUCCAAAUCGCGCCGAUGUGUUAGUUGCAUCACCUUUUUCUGUUACUGCUAAUUUUAACGUAUUUUUAACCGAUAUUGAACCAACAAUUCCAGUAGAAUUUCCAGAUGAUAUUAAGCCAAGAUUUUAUUUAAGGCGCCUUAAUCUAAUAGACAAAGAGGUUUCUUUGACUGGAUUGCCAAAGGAAUCUGGCCAAGAUGUGCAGGAGCACAAGCUUUUUCUUCAAAUAAUUUGUCUCAGUACGCAAAUGGGAAAUUCAUGGAUUUGGUUUCGAAGUGACAUUGGUGAAUUUUUUAUUAAAGUAACUACUCAAGCAAGAUGGGAUCUAGCAAUAGAUACUUUACAGGCAAAAGUAAAAACGUGGCCGAUGGAUCCUUGUAGUUGUGGCGAGUCGUGCGAAUGCUACAGAACAACAGUAUUAACAAUCCCUCAUCGGAAUGAACUAAUGCUAAAAUCUUUAAGAUAUGCUCUUCUUGAGCAUACGUCAGAAACAAUGAUGCAAGUAUUUGACCAACUUAUUGAAACAGGAACUGGCAAGAUAAUAUUGAGUAUGUUGUUGAGUGAAGGCGGGACUAAUUUAUCGGAAGUGCAACACAUAUUACGCAGUGAAAGUAUUUAUCGUAUAUCAUCCCGUGCUCUGUUGCCACGUAUUGAUCGUGUGACAUUACAACAGCAUACAAACUCAAUUCUAAUCUUACCUAUCACCAUACCAGCUCAGGACAAAUCAGAGAAGUACACAGUCACUUUAACCUCCGAAUGUGGAAUGGACAUACGUACCUAUAGAAUUCUGUUUGUCGAAAACUCGAACGAAUUCGUUUGA